AUGGUAGAUAAUUUGAACUACUUUCUAACGAACGAGUUUCCGUCUACAUUGUUGUUAGGCUCGCGGAGACCGGCGAAAAUGAAACUUCAGAAACAAGUAUUUAGCGUUUUUGCUGUGAUUGCGUUAUUGUCAGCUUCUGCGGUGUUUGCAGGAGAAGACGGGAGCGAUGCUGAAGAAACUAAGACUUCUGGUUUUGAGCAAGAGGGGGACGUAGAAAAUGUCCGGGAGGAAGGUGGCGUUUUAGUGUUGACUGAUGAUAACUUUGACAAGGUUUUAGACGAGUAUGACACCGCUCUCGUGGAAUUUUAUGCCCCCUGGUGUGGUCACUGUAAAACCCUGGCUCCAGAGUAUGAAAAGGCUGCAGCCAGGCUGAAGGAUGCACCUGUACCUGUUCCUCUCGGUAAAGUGGAUGCCACUGUUAACGUGGAUGUGGCAAAAAGGUUUGAUGUAAGUGGCUACCCGACCCUGAAAUGGAAAAAAGGUGGGGAAUGGAGUGACUAUGAGGGACCCAGGGACGCUGAUGGUAUUGUUACCUGGGUAUCGGAGCGCGCUGACCCCAACUACAAGCCCCCACCAGAGGCUGUUGUCACGGUAACCAAGGACAACUUUGACGAGUUUAUCAACAGUGCUGAACUGGUAUUGCUGGAGUUCUACGCACCUUGGUACGGUUGUGGCCAUUGCAAAAAGCUUGCCCCGGAGUAUGAGAAGGCUGCCCAGUCCCUGCAGUAUCAUGACCCGCCUAUUCCUCUUGGCAAAGUUGACGCCACAAUAGAGACUGAGCUCGCCAAGCAGUUUGAGGUGUCUGGCUACCCAACAUUAAAGAUGUUUCGGCGGGGAAAACCACAGGAGUACAAGGGGGGCAGGGACCAGUUCACCAUCAUGGACUACAUGCGUAAACAGUCUGGGGAGGCUGCCAAGCUGCUGCCCACUGUCUCAGAUGUGAAAGGUUUCAUGGACAAAGCUCUCGUCAAGGUCAUCGGCUUCUAUGACAAUCUGCAGGAUGAGAAACUCCGCCUCUACAUGGAUGUUGCCAAUGGGAUGCGAGAUGAUGUGUCGUUUGGCUACACCCUCCUGCCAGAGGCCCGUGACAUGUACAGGGUUAAUCCAGGAAGUGUGGUUGUCUUUACCCCAGAGAAAUUCUGGACCAAAUUUGAACCAAAAUACCAUAUUCUAAAAACAGCUGACAAGGACCAGGCAGAAAUCGCCAGCUUCAUCCAGGAGAAACUGACCCCACUGGUAGGCCAGUACUCUGCACAGUCCGACAAGUUCUACGCUGAGUACACCAAGAACAUCCUCUGUCUUGCUUUUUACACGGUGGACUGGAGCUUUGACUACAGGGAGGCCACUCAGUUAUGGCGUAACAAGUUUGCAGCCGUGGCGAAGGACUACAAGGACAUUAAGUUUGCCAUUGCCAGCGAGGAGGAGUACAUCAAUUCCCUGAUGGUAGACUUUGGGCUGGCUGAUUCGGGCGAGGAGUUUAAUGUUGGUUGUUUCAAGGAGUACAGAAAAUAUAAAAUGGAGCCGAUGGAAGAAUAUGACGAUGAUGAGAUCAGAGAAUUCCUGGAUAAACUGAAGAAAGGCAAGCUAGAGCCACAGAUAAAAUCACAGCCAAUUCCGAAGAAGAGCUCAAGCAAUGUCAAGGUCAUUGUUGGGAAAACGUUUGACAAAAUAGUCGGCGACAAAUCCAAAGAUGUUCUCAUUGAAAUGUACGCACCAUGGUGUGGUCACUGCAAGAGCUUGGAACCAAUCUACAAAGAUUUGGCAAAAUCUGUCAAAAAGGAGAAAAAUCUCGUUAUUGCAAAAAUUGAUGCUACAGCCAAUGAUAUUCCGGAUGCUUACAAAGUGGAAGGUUUCCCGACGAUUUACUUUGCACCGGCUAAUAGCAAAGACGCCCCACUGAAGUUUGAGGGGGAUAGGACAGUGGAAGGUUUUAAGAAAUAUUUAGAGGAACAUGCAACGGUCUCCUUUGGCAAAAGUUUGAGGGACGAAUUGUAACGAAUGCUCAGAACAUCAUUAUUUUAUUAUUAGCGACAUACUUAAGAAUCUAUAUGCAAUUUCAGUUUACUUUAAAAAAACGAUUUUCCAUUUUAUUCUGUAUUCAUUUUUCAUCAACAUAACUAUGCACGGAAUUAUGUUAAUUCCAUUAUAUUUUGUUGGUAAAUUGAUUUCAUCCUUUCUGUUGUGUUUAAGAAUAGACACAAGUUAGGUUGUAAGAUCUUUUGCAACAUUAAUAAAUCGAAAAAUGAUUUUUAAAUAAAGACACCUCUCAUACGAUCUGGGAGUUUUUGUGUUAAAUUUCAUGUUAAUCUUAAGGUUUUGGAAAAUUGGUGCAGCUUUCUCAUGACAAAUUGAUAUACCAGAAAGAUUGGCAAUCACAUUCUGUGCCUUACAUAAUUGAAGGCACUGUAUUUUUAUAUGUUUCACUAGAACGUCAUUGUCCAACAAAAGCCAACGGGCUUAUCAGUCUAUUAAUUUCACAUACCAUUAUUGUAAGUUAUAGCCUUGUAGCAAUCUAAGCAUGAUAUACAUAUACCUGUGGAAAGCUACCUUAAAUUUGAAAUGAUAUAAUCAAAAGUAAUUGAACAAGCCCAGUAGCGAAACAUUUAACGAGUUGCCUGUUUAAAUGCAUAAUGAUAAUAAUAAAGUUCAAGGCCGAAAGGACAUCAAACACAUUGAUGGCAAUAGAACGCAAGCCAGCAAGUUCUGCACUGAUACAAUGCUUUUUAAGCUUGCUCAAAUUCUGGACUUUAUUUACAUGUAGCAGGGCUUAAAUUAUUGGCAACUUUUAUACCAAACACUAGAGUAACACUUGUUUAUUCAAUGGUCUAAUUUUGAUGACUGAAAACAACGCAGAUGGACAACACAAGCUAGCAUUGGAUUUAUCAGGUUGACAUCACAUUGCCCUUUUUUUUGGUGUUUUUUUCUUCACACAUUAUAUUUUGUUUAUUGUUUAUCUUUUGCACCUCUUUUAUGCUCGUAUCAGUGCAUUUUAGACUGUAACUCAGAAUACACAGCUAUAUGUGAUAAGCAUUGUUUGAAUGUUCAUGAGAGAGGAAGAUGAAUUUUGAGUGAGUCUGCCAUAGCUGUUAAUAUUAUUAUUCAUAAUCAUUACCGAAAUUAAUAUAAUAGAUAAUAAGAAAGAUAAAUGGGCAAAAGCUCUCCUAGUAUGCACUUCUACACACAUGUUACAGAGGGUAGAAAAAUCAUCUCUUUAUCGGCUUAUAUAUUAUUGCUCUCCCUGAGCCAUAUUAUGACCACUGUGCGCAAGAGUGUAUGUAGGGAAAUUAAUGAAAGUGGAGACAUUGUACAAGUCCAUUUUAGACUGAUUUUAGCUCUUGCAGUCCUACAAUCUAUAGUACACAGGCAUUAUUUUUUAUCAAUAUCCUGGAGAUAAUAUCUGUUUGUUAUCUAUUGUAAAAUUCAGUUUGGUUAAUAUUUGACACUUGUAAUUUGUGCAUUUGUUGAUUGUUUAAGUAUAUGUAAUGAGUAUACGUUUUCUGAAAGAUCUGUUCCAAAUUAUUUUAAAAAAUAAUAUUAUUUGACCUUUUGCUACUUAAGGAAGAAUUUUUGUCAUUUUAAAUUGUAAAACAAAAAGGUAUCCAAUUAAAACAAAAAAGAUCAAUUUUUUAACAUUUAUAUGAUUAUUAUAUAAUUAUUAUAUUAUAUUUUAUAUGAUCUUAGCAUUUGCUUGGUUGUUAUUGAAAUUGGUGUUUAGAUUCUAUCAAAUAAAUAAAUAAUAUUUUAUUAAUUUUGAGUAAACUGUAAUUAUUUGGUGUAUUUGGUGCCAUAGCCAUGGUAUGUGAUUAAAUAUGUUUGAAAUAUUA